AUGUCUACACCUUCGAUAGCGACCACCCUCUUACCAGCACAUCAUUCACAAUAUGGUUAUGCUCACCAGAAUCCAUAUUCACCAUCUAGUCGCACAUACCCCGCAGGAACAACGACGAUGCCUGCACCGCAACGGCUGACCACAUCGUACCAUUCCUACCCGGCUACCGCUCAAUAUCCACAACCUCAGCAGUCCCCAGGCUCGUACCGACCGCCUUCGAACAUGUCAUCCAUGGCUCCUUCUCAGUCGGCCUCCAGCGUGGCCGAUAGCAAUAAACGACAUCCGGACUGGAAUGAAUUUUACAAGAAUGGCGUUCCGAAGGAGAUUAUUGUUAUCGACGACGAUUCGCCAGAACCUCAACCUCCGGCUGACUCGUCCACCCGGCAGCAUAAUACAGACACCGCGACCUAUCCCUCGAAUGCCGGCAGGAAAAGAAAAGUUGAUCAAGGCUACGAAGUUGAAUACACAGACAGUCCGACAUAUUCCACACACCCGGCAAAAUUCGGCGCGUCGUCAUCAUCGGCCUCUUAUCACUCGGGUGAUAGGACCACGUCCCUGCAGACCGUGACGGCCCCGACGUCCCUUGAAUCCUAUGGCAGCAAUACUGCAAGCAACAGUUACGAAGACUUGAGAAUAGGCCAGAAACGGAAGAGGGUACAGCCACAGAAAGAAACCCGAGCACAAGCCAAACGAAAACAACAGGAGACUGCGGAUGCCUUUGCAGACUACAUCCCACCUUCGAAGCCUCUGCGAAAGGCUGCAGAUGUCCACGUUCCUGUCAUUCGUGAUAAUCUGCACAAGCACCAAAAGGUGGACGACGACGAUGGUCACUAUAUUGUGACACCUCAGACGCCACUCACAGAUCGAUAUGACAUCAUCAAGCUUCUUGGUCAAGGAACAUUUGGCAAGGUUGUCGAAGCCUACGACAAGAGGAAGAAGACGAAAUGUGCCGUCAAGAUCAUCAGAUCGGUCCAGAAGUAUCGUGAUGCAUCCCGCAUCGAGUUAAGAGUUCUCUCGACGCUUGCCCUGAACGACAAGAACAACCGAAACAAAUGCAUUCACCUACGUGAUUCAUUCGACUUCAGGAACCACAUUUGCAUUGUCACCGACCUUCUGGGGCAAAGCGUCUUCGACUUUCUCAAAGGCAACGGCUUUGUACCUUUCCCGAGUUCUCAAAUCCAGAGCUUUGCACGACAAUUGUUCACCAGUGUUGCCUUCCUCCACGAUUUGAAUUUGAUUCAUACCGAUCUGAAACCUGAGAACAUCCUCCUGGUGCAUAACGCCUAUCAGACUUUCACCUAUAACCGGACGAUACCAUCAUCUUCGCACACAACGUCCCGGACUGCUCGACAGAGAAGGGUCCUCCUUGAUAGUGAAAUCCGGCUCAUCGAUUUCGGCUCGGCUACUUUUGACGACGAGUAUCACUCCUCGGUGGUGUCGACUCGGCAUUACAGAGCCCCUGAGAUCAUCCUUCAGCUUGGUUGGAGUUUCCCUUGUGACAUCUGGAGCAUAGGGUGUAUCAUCGUGGAGUUCUUCACAGGCGAUGCUCUGUUCCAGACGCACGACAACCUCGAACACCUUGCCAUGAUGGAGGCUGUGUGUAAUGGAAAGAUCGAUCCUAAAUUGGUGAAGGCCGUAUGUGCUGGAGGUCGUGGCGCCAACGCGAAUCCUGCCGCCAAGUUCUUCAACCGCGGAAAAUUGGAUUAUCCCAACAACGAAACCUCCAAGGCAUCCCGGAAAUACGUCAAGGCUAUGAAGCAACUCCAUGAAUUUAUUCCCGCCAACACGUCUUUCAACCGGCAGCUGCUCGAUCUGCUGAGGAAGAUCUUUGUAUAUGACCCAAAGCAGAGAAUCACGGCAAAGGAAGCGUUGAAGCACCCCUGGUUCAAGGAGACAUUGGUCGACGACGGGACAGAAGCGAUACGAAUACGCGAGGAACGUGCCAAUGCUACUAGUAUUGGACCAGAUGCUAAGCGACCACGGGUGUGA